AUGCAUAGUGUAACCAUGGGGAAAGCAUGGGGGGGGAUCUGCACAAACACUGUGGUGAACUCUUAUCAGGGUACCCUGUCCCUCUGUCAGUGUGUAUACCUGUAGGUCACUAUCUAGCAGCUCACCCUGUCCCUCCCCCUGUCUCACAGUUGUGUAUGUGUGCUGCUCGUGGGACACUUUUCGGCAGCUGAUGGUGCACGUACACAGGGCUGGCUUGCCCCUGGGGGAGUUUGCCUUCUUCUACAUCGACGUCUUCGGGUCCAGCCUCCAGCCCCAGCCCCCCCGGCCCUGGUACAGAGGCGACGCCGAUGACGUCAUCGCCAAGGAGGCCUAUCAGGCAGUGCUGAUCAUCACAUACUGUGAGCCCCAGAAUCCAGAGUACAGGGUGUUUGUGGAAGACCUGAAGAGAGGAGCUCUCAAAAACUACAACUUCACCAUCCAGGACUCACUGGUCAACCUGAUUGCCGGUGGUUUCCAUGACGGCGUGAUGCUGUACGCCCUCGCGGUGAAUGAGACUCUGACGGAGAGCGGGGGGGUGAACCCAGACGGGGAGGUGGUGACCAAGCAGAUGUGGAACCGGGCCUACAAUGGAGUUACUGGUCUGAUGAAGAUUGAUGAGAACGGAGAGCGAGAGAUCGAUUACUCGCUCUGGGACAUGACUGAUACUGAGACCGGAACCUUCCAGAUUGUGUCGAACUAUAACGGCACCCAGAAACGCAUCAUUCCAGUCCCGGGGGUUGAGAUCCACUGGCCAGGAAACGGCGUUCCCAGAGACGUGCCGGUCUGCGGGUUCGAGAACGAGGACCCCGUCUGUCGCCAAGAGUCCCUCCUCACCCUGGAGAUCAUGUGCAUCGUGGUCAGCCUCAUUCUGUUCAGCAUCACCAUCAUCACCUUCUUCAUAUACAGGAAGAUGAAGCUGGAGAAGGAGCUGGCGGCAGAGCUGUGGAGACUCCACUGGGACGACAUUCAGAUCAGCAACUUUGAAAAGAACCUGCGCAGUGCUGGAAGCAAGCUGACGCUGUCACUGAGAGGCUCCAACUAUGGCUCCUUAAUCACCACAGAUGGAAACUUCCAGAUUUACGCCAAGACAGGCCAUUACAAGGGCAACAUCGUGGCUAUAAAGUACAUCAACAGGAAGAGGAUUGAACUGACCAGGAACGUUCUGUUCGAGCUUAAACAUAUGCGGGACGUCCAGAAUGAGCACCUGACCCGCUUCAUCGGCGCCUGCAUCGACCCGCCCAACAUCUGCAUCGUCACAGAGUACUGUCCCCGGGGCAGUCUACAGGACAUCAUGGAGAACGAGAGUAUUAACCUGGAUUGGAUGUUCAGGUAUUCCCUCAUCAGUGACAUCGUGAAGGGCAUGGCAUUCCUGCACAACAGCGUGAUCGUGUCACACGGGAAUCUGAAAUCCUCCAACUGCGUGGUGGACAGUCGCUUCGUCCUGAAGAUCACGGACUACGGGCUCGCCAGCUUCCGCUUCACCUCUGCCGACUGUGAGGACUCAUACUCCUUCUACGCCAAGAAGCUGUGGACGGCCCCUGAGCUCCUUCGCAUGGAGGCCCCCCCGCCCCAGGGAACUCAGAAGGGAGAUGUGUACAGCUUUGGAAUCAUCCUGCAGGAGAUCGCACUGAGGAACGGACCCUUCUACCUGGAGGGAAUCCCACCCAGCCCUAAAGAGAUCAUUGACAGGGUGGUCCGGGGGGAGCGCCCCUGUUUUCGGCCGCUGGUGAAUGCGCACUGCCACACCGAGGAGCUGGGGCAGCUCAUGCAGCGCUGCUGGGCAGAGGACACACUUGAGAGACCCGAGUUCAACCAGGUCAAGAUCAUACUGCGCAAGUUCAACAGGGAGCUGAGCACCAACAUCCUGGACAACCUGCUGUCCCGCAUGGAGCAGUACGCCAACAACCUGGAGGAGCUGGUGGAGGAGCGGACUCAGGCUUACCUGGAGGAGAAACACAGAGCAGAGGCCCUGCUCUACCAGAUACUGCCGCACUCGGUGGCAGAGCAGCUGAAGAAAGGGGAGACGGUCCAGGCCGAGGCCUUCGACUCCGUCACCAUCUACUUCAGCGACAUCAUUGGGUUCACCGCCCUGUCUGCGGAGAGCACCCCAAUGCAGGUCGUGACCCUGCUCAAUGACCUGUACACCUGCUUCGAUGCCAUCAUAGACAACUUCGACGUGUACAAGGUGGAGACUAUAGGGGAUGCGUACAUGGUGGUCUCUGGGCUGCCCGUGCGCAAUGGGAAGCUGCACGGCCGGGAGAUCGCUCGCAUGUCUCUGGCUCUGCUGGACGCUGUCCGAACCUUCAAGAUCCGACACAGACCCGACCAGCAGCUCAAACUGAGGAUCGGUAUUCACAGCGGUCCGGUGUGUGCCGGGGUGGUGGGCUUGAAGAUGCCCCGGUACUGUCUGUUCGGAGACACCGUCAACACUGCGUCCCGCAUGGAGUCCAACGGAGAAGCUCUGAAGAUCCACAUGUCCGCUGCUACCCACGCCGUGCUGGAGGAGUUCAGCAGCUUCGACCUGGAGCUCCGGGGAGACGUGGAGAUGAAGGGGAAGGGCAAGAUGAGGACCUACUGGCUGCUGGGAGAGAGGAGCGACAGCACGAGAGGGUAGAGGAGCGAGAGAGGGGAGGAGGAGGAGAGAGAGGGAGGGAACGGGACGAGAGGCCUUCCAACUGCAGACGGAACGAGAGAGCGAGAGAGAGAGGGGACCCCAGGCAGAGCCUCUGCCUCUGUACCUCCAAAUUACACCACGGACUGAACUAUCCGAGCUCACUCCACGCGUGCAGAGUCAAUCCCAGCGGCCCAGCCUCUGAGAAAGAGAGAACGAACGAACAUUUUCUGUCCAGGUCCAUUUGCUACAAAGCAGUCUCAAAUAUUACCUCUUGCCACACGAGCCAGUGCCUGUUUAAACUCAACAACACAUUAGCAUCAUGCAUUUCACAUCAUGCAAUCAUUCCGUUGUAAGUACGGGUAUUUAGAUAAUGUAGCGGGCAUGCCAGUCCGGUAUGAUGAAUGCACCUGUAUCCAAAACCAUUCUCAAAGUCAUCAAGGCUAUUAUUAGUGCAGAGGGAGGAACGGCUGAUGCAUUAGGAAGCUGGCGCUGUGUGGCAAGUGGGCUGUCAGAUUUUGACGCUCAGCAAAAUGUGCCGAAAACUGUGGAAGUAAAACCUGUGUCAACGGACUCCUGUACUGGCCGUCUUUAACAGCCAGCGUGUACAAAUGUCACAACAGAAGGACUUCUUUUUUUCAAGUGAAUGGGAGAGGCAGCUUUGACUGUGCAGCCAGACUGUUUUGUGUGGCUGCAGGUUGCUUCGCCUUGCUCUGUGUUAGAGAAGCAACAGUGUGUUUCGCACUGAGGACUUCAAACACAUGACUCUUCAAGAUCAGUGGGAGGGCUUGGACAGGAGAGUCGCACACAGGCAGGGACUCUGAGAUCAGUGGGAAGGUUUGGACAGGAGAGUCACACAGGAGAGCAGGCAGGGACUCUGAGAUCAGUAGGAAGGCUUGCACGUGAGUGUCACAGAGGAGAGCAGGCAGGGACUCAGAUCAGUGGGAAGGCUUGCACGUGAGAGUCACACAGGAGAGCAGGCAGGGACUCUGAGAUCAGUGGGAAGGUUUGGACAGGAGAGCGGACAGGGACUCAGAUCAGUGGGAAGGCUUGCACGUGAGAGUCACACAGGAGAGCAGGCAGGGACUCUGAGAUCAGUGGGAAGGUUUGGACAGGAGAGUCACACAGGAGAGCAGGCAGGGACUCUGAGAUCAGUGGGAAGGUUUGG